AUGCCGCUGCUCCCUUGGCACCACCGCCGCGCGCCCCCGCGCCGCGGACGGCGCCGGCCGCUCCGUGGCAGCGUCGCCGACCUCGCCUCGUGUCUCGCGGGGUGCCUCCUCGUCGCGGCCGCGGCGGUGCUCUGUCUCUCCUCCCUGUCCUCCCGCGCGCGCUCCCGUGGCCACCACGAGGAUGGUGGCAGCCGCGGGAUCGUGCCCGGCGGUAGCGGAGCGACGACACCGAGGGUCACGAUCUUCUCUGCGCCGCGCCCGCCGCCGGAGGGCUCGCCAGUGCGGCAGGAGCUGGCGGUGCGCUCCUGGCUGGCGCUCCCGGGGAACGUCAGUGUCGUGCUCCUAGGCGCCGGCCCUGAGGCCGUCGCGCUCACCGCGCGGCUCGGGCAUCGGGUCACCGUCGAUUCCGCCAUUGAUUAUGCGUUCACGGGGACGCCAUUCUUCCACUCGAUGGUCGCAAGAGCACAAGCUGCCGCCGACACCGACAUUUGCGUCCUCGUCGACGCCGAGAUCGUCCUUCUUCCCGAAAUUGUCAACGCACUGGCUCGUUUCAGCAAGGUUGAUGCUGAUUGGUUCCUUGUUUCUCUGUCACGUAACGUCACCGAUUUCCAUUACCAGCUCGCUGACAAUGGAAGCCAUUUGGUACAAGCAGAUGGCAAAGAAGUGAGCUUCAAAAAGGAGAUUCCAGCUGACAAGUGGGCAUCAGAGAGAUCUGACAGAGGGCUGAUUGUGGCUUGGAACAAUCCAAGCAGUAUUUUACAUGAAGGAGUUCUGCCUUCUUUUCUGUAUGGAAGAGGAAUACACAAUGGGUGGCUGGCUCACGAGGUUCUAUCGUCUGAGAUGAGGCUUUGCUUUGAUGCAACCAGUCUGGUUCUUGGAUUGUAUCCUGGAAGUCUGAGUUCCAUGCAUGACAUGACCUCGAGUAAGAAUAACAGAUUACCUUCUGGAUCCUGGGAGUACAGUGUCAAUCGUCAUCUUGCUGCGAUUUAUGGCUCGUAUUGCUGUCGAUUACCAUCAAGACACUUUCCUAUGCUGCAUAAAGUGGUAAAGCAGUCUGAAGAUUAUAUGCUCAGUAAAGUUGACGAGCUCACAUUAUCAAAUUUUUUCAUCAGUAAAGAAGGAAAUGCCCAUGGAGGAGAUAGACUAUGGAAGAAACAAAACAUUUCUUUAUCUGGAUAUCUACACAGCUAUUCUCCUGAGACCACAGCACCUGAUCUUCCAUAUUCUUUGGGUAUGCUUCUUGAGCUUGUCGCUGAUAAGAAUAGGUCCGUUGUCCUUGGUGUGGCUGGAAAAAGUUACAGGGACAUGCUCAUGAGUUGGGUUUGCCACUUGCGUCAUCUUAGAGUUAACAAUUUUAUAGUAUGUGCCUUAGACCAUGAGACAUAUGAAUUCUCAAUUUUACAGGGUUUGCCUGUUUUCAUAGAUCCACUAUCACCAAAGAAUGUCAGCAUUGAUGACUGUCACUUUGGAACAAAGUGUUUUCAACAAGUGACAAAAGUGAAGUCACGAAUUGUUCUAGAGAUAUUAAGACUGGGAUACAAUGUGCUAUUGAGUGAUGUUGAUGUUUAUUGGUUUGGCAAUCCAAUGCCAUCCCUGUACUCUCUUGGUCCUGCUACAUUUGGAGCACAAUCUGAUGAAUACAAUGAGACAGGACCAAUAAAUUUGCCACGCCGAUUGAAUUCAGGAUUUUACUUUGCUCGCUCAGACAACGCCACCAUCAUUGCAAUGGAGAUGAUAGUAAAACAUGCAACCAAUUCAGGCUUAUCUGAGCAACCGAGUUUCUACGAUGUCUUGUGUGGGGAAAACGGAACAAACUGCAUCAGUGACGACAAAUGCUUGGAGCCCAACACAAACCUGACUGUUGUGUUCUUGAACUGGGACUUGUUCCCCAAUGGUGCUUACAAGGGUCUAUGGGAAAAGCAUGAUGUACGUGCAACUUGCAAAGAGCUUGGCUGUUUCAUCAUUCACAACAAUUGGAUAAAUAAGAGGAAAAAGAAGCUCCACCGACAAAUGUCAUCUGGGCUGUGGGACUACGAUCCUAGCUCUAGGCAAUGUUUGCAGGAAUGGAGUGAUAAAAGUAUCUUCAGGAUGAUCGGGCAAUUCCAUUUGUUUGAGGACACUAACAGUUAA